AUGACCACUUACCAAUCGAUCGAAGAAGGAUUACCUCGUAAUCAUCCUAAUGGCUCUGGAAGUGAUGACGAUAAAAUUGGGUUGCUAAGUAAUGUUAAACGUCGUAGACAAUUUUUAAAUUUUUUUAAAAUUGCUAUUGGAGUGGUUUGCAUCGAAAUUGAAAAUGAUUUUGAAUGGGCUGAUCCAAAUCUAAUAAUCGCAAAAACCGGUGCUGUCGCUUCUGAGGAAGGUGGAAAUGCUGUUGACGCCGCAAUCACCACUCACAUAUGUGUCGGUACUGUUAAUGUUUUUGCUGCUGAUUUUCGUGAAGUUGCUCCUCGUGCUGCUCAUCAGGAUAUGUUUAAAAAGGACCAUUUAAAAGCAAAAGGUUCAAUCGCAAGAUCAACUGUCGAUACAAUCCAAAGUAGAGGUGGCAUAAUAACCAUGGAAGAUUUGGCUGCCUAUAGACCUACUAUUCGUGAACCUCUUAUAGGAUAUUAUCAAGGACGAAAGAUCAUAACAUCUCCUGAACCUGGUAGUGGAACAAUAUUAUUAUUCUUGUUAAAUGUUUUGGAAGAAUACAAAUUCCACGAAACUGGUCGUACAAGUUUAAAUGCUCAAAGAAUGGCCGAAGCAUUCAAAUACGCCAUUGCUAGACGUACCGAAUUGGGUGAUCCUGCAUUCUUCAAAAAUAUUACUGCUCACAAAGAACGUAUAAAUGAAAUAAUUUCCAAAGAAUAUGCUGCAAGGAUUCGUGCCAAUAUUUCUGAUACACAUACAUAUGUACCAAAUCACUAUGAUCCAGAGUAUGCUACACUUGAAGAUCAUGGCACAACUCAUAUUUCAGUCGUAGAUGCUGAUGAGAUGGCCGUUAGCAUGACUGCUACUGUAUUUAUGGAUCCAAAUACUGGAGUCUUGUUUAAUGAUCAAAUGGACGAUUUCGCAAUUCCUAUACCACCAACAAUUGAAAGAUUCUGGCCUGCUCCUCAUAAUUUUCCUGCACCAGGUAAAAAACCAAUGUCUUCAACAUCACCUACAAUAAUUGAAAGACCCGAUGGGAGAUUUGAAAUGUCUGUUGGUGCUAGUGGUGGCACCAGAAUUAUGUCAGCUGUUACACAGACAUUAUUAAAUAUUUAUGAAUUUAAUAUGAACGUUCUGGAAGCUAUUGAUUACCCAAGGUUGUACCACCCACUAUUGCCAAAUGAGGUAAAUAAUAACAAACUUUCAUAG